AUGCGGCCAAUACAUCAUGUGCGACGCCACCGGCUUUGGCUUUGCCUGGCCUGCGCCUUUGCCUGGUGUUGGGGCGCAGCCUUUGCGGGCGCGCAGCGCUGCCUGCCAGCCCGUACUUCCGCGCUCGGCGCAGUGUCAACAGCAGAAGCAGCGCGCGCAGAGCUGCGCGACGAGACGCGCCUGCUACGGGAGACAGUGACAGAUUUAGUGUCAGAGGUCCGCCAGCUUCGGCAAAGGCUCACUGACACGGAAGAGCCGCAGGUGAUGCCCUCACCCGUGGCCGAGGUCCAGGUACAGACGCCGCUGCCCACGCCGCCUGCACCACCUGUGCAAGCAGCACCAGUACAGUCGCCAGUGGCGCAGGCACCGCCCACACCCCGCAGCAAGGGACCUGCGAAAGGCACCACGGCCAUCAAAGUUGUCAGUGCCGGUGGCGAUGCAGGCAAUAUUGCGGACUUUUUCUUGGAAGAUCAGCAGGUGCCAAUAGGGGGCAUGUCUAAUCGGCGCGGGCUAAACGUGGUCGUGAUCGAUUCGUCAGCUGGUCAUUUGCUCUCGGCAAAGACAUACGACAUUUGGGGAAACCCAGUUGAGGAAAACCGCAGACUGGCAAAGGACAUGAGAGCUGUGGAGGAGGAUAACAUUGUCCUGGUGGCGUUGAAAGACUCAGGCAUGGAGAAUCUGGAUGCGGAAGGCUUGCACGCACUGCAGUCGGUGGGCUCAACGCUGGAAGGGCGCCUGGCCUUCCGACAGGGAUACGCAUUGAUAGGCGUGAAGGAUGGCGAGGCUUUGGCAGAGAGGAAGGGUCCGAUGGUCAUGGCAGAGGCCAAGCUUCACUUUGCCGUGCGGCCGCCGCAGGCUCCAGUGAGGGCUCGCUGA